GACUAGACAAAGGGAUUGGAAAUCUCAGAACGGUAAGGAAAGGAGGUUAUCAUGGCGGCGACCACGGAAGGAGAUGAGAGAGUCAUGGCUGCAGCUCAGCAAAUUGUGAAGAGCUUAGGGACUUCGCAGAAUGUUACUGAGGACAUGAUAUUAAUCCUUUCUAAUUUCGAUAAUCGUUUAUCUACCAUCACCGAAUUGUUUUCUAAAGGUGGCGGAGGUGAAGGUUUGAGCAAGACUGAGAAGCGGUUGGAAGCAGCGGAGAAGGUUGUUGUUCGUUGGGAUUCUAACUAUAAUACUCCGCGCCACCGCAGUUCGCCUUGGGAGGAUUCUCCUGAUGAGGCAGUUGAGUACCUAUCCGCUGUCGAUGAAAUUCUCCGGUUGACUGAGGAUCUGACUUUGACAUCGAAUACUGAAAUUAUGGACCGAGCUGAGAGCGUUCUGCAGCUGGCGAUGUCGAGGCUGGAGGACGAGUUCCGUCAAAUCCUUACACGGAAGACGGUCCCUCUGGAUGCCGAACGGCUUCAUGGUUCAAUACGUGGAGUAUCACUUUCUUUCAUGUCGAAUGAUGGAGAUAUCGACGACUUAGAGAGCUCUGUAGCCUCUGUAGAGGACGAACACGAGAUUUUAUCUGAGGAUAGGGGUGGGAGUUUUGGGGACGAUUAUUGUGUUGAUUUAGUCAACCCAGAUGCCAUCGCAGACCUCAAAGAGAUCGCCGACAGGAUGAUCAGGUCGGGGUAUGAGAAGGAGUGCUGUCAAGUUUACAGUAGCGUCCGCAGGGAUGUUCUGGAAGAAUGUUUAUCUAUUCUUGGUAUAGAGAAGCUCAGCAUUGAGGAAGUACAGAAGAUCGAGUGGAGGUCCCUGAAUGAGAAAAUGAAGAAGUGGAUUCAAGCUGUGAAGAUUGUAAUUCGAGUUAUUCUGCCUGGAGAGAAGGGACUUUGUGAACAAGUUUUUGGUGGGUCGGAGCUGAUCAGGGAGGUGUGCUUUAUGGAAGGUGCAAAGGGAUGUGUGAUGCAUCUAUUGAAUUUUGGGGAGGCAAUUGCAAUUACAAGGCGGUCGCCCGAGAAGCUGUUUCGAAUACUUGACAUGUAUGAAGCUUUAGCUGUUGCAUUGCCAGAAUUGCAGGUGUUAUUUUCUGAUGGUUCAGGGGAUUUUCUCUAUAGUGAGGCACAGGACAUUCUGGUUAGGCUUGGUGAGGCUGCAAAAGGCACAUUUUCAGAGUUUGCAAAUGCAGUUCAGAGUGAGAAUUCUCGGAAACCAGUACAAGGUGGUGAGAUUCACCCAUUGACACGUUACGUGAUGAAUUAUAUCAAAUUUCUUGUAGACUAUAGUGAUUCAUUGAAUCAACUUCUAGAAAGUGGUGUCAAUGGUGAGGAAGGGGAUGGUGAUAGUAAUUGGCAACUAGCCAGCAUAUCUCCACUGGGACAUCAGUUGCUGUCAGUGAUUUCAUCUCUGGAAUCAAACCUUGAGGAGAAGUCGAAAUUCUACGAGGAUAGUGCAAUGCGAUAUGUAUUCUUGAUGAAUAAUAUUCUUUAUGUAGUUCAGAAAGUGAAAGACUCUGAGCUAGGCAAGCUUUUGGGAGAUCAAUGGGUCCGCAGGCGACGUGGUCAGAUACGCCAGUAUUCCACUAGUUAUCUCAGAGCUUCUUGGAGCAAAGUAUUGUCUUGUUUGAAGGAUGAAGGGAUUGGGGGUGGUGGGAGCUCAAGUAAUGUAUCUAAGGUGGCUCUGAGGGAAAGGUUCAAGAAUUUCAACCUGGGUUUUGAGGAAAUUUAUAGGAAUCAAACAGCUUGGAAGGUUCCAGAUCCUCAGCUACGGGAAGAGCUUCGGCUUUCAAUAUCAGAGAAAGUCCUUCCGGCAUACCGAGCAUUUUUGGGAAGGUUUGGAAGUCAUCUAGAGAGUGGAAGGCAUGCAGGGAAAUACAUAAAGUACACUCCAGAAGACUUAGAGAACUAUCUUUUAGAGCUGUUUGAGGGGUCUCCUGGGAUAAUCCACAAUACAAGGAGAAAAAUAAGUUCGUAGAAGAUGUAAUAGAAGCAGUCUGCUCUUAUAAGGGUUUGAAAAUUCAGGUUACCUGCUGAAUUCUAGCUGGAACUUGUGCUGUUUUAUUUUUUUUGUUUCAAUGUUACAAUGACAGAGUUUCAGGAUAUGUAACUAUACUCUCUCUAUAUAUACUGUAAUAAUAAUGUAAAUGGAUUAUAGAUCCUCUUGAGAGUGAA